AUGCAGUACGACCCAGCAUUACCGUUAAUUCUAGCAACAGAUGCUAGCCAAAGUGGUCUCGGAGCAGUAUUGUCCCACCGUCUAUCCAAUGGAACAGAGCGACCAAUUGCGUACGCUAGCUGCACUAUGUCAAAAACAGAGCAAAGAUAUCCGCAAAUCGAAAAAGAGGCUCUUGCCAUAGUAUGGGCAGUGAAAAAGUUUUUCCACUAUUUAUACGCCCAGCUACCAGUGCGAGCUGAACAUAUUGCACGAGAGACACGGAAGGACUCUCAAUCCGGGAAAAUUAUCCGAGAUUUGGAAUUAGGCCGCAAUCUAACGCAGCUAGGCUACAAGGCCCCGGAUGUAAAAUAUAAGUUAGCCGCUAAUUGUUUGCUUUUCGAGCAUCGAGUGGUAAUACCAAAAGCUCUUCGACAAGCAAUUCUGAACGAUUUGCAUAAGGCACACAUCGGAGUCGUAAAAAUGAAAGGUUUAGCCCGUUUUUUCGUUUAUUGGCCUGGAAUAGACGCCGACAUCGAGCGUACAGCGAAAUCAUGUUCGGAAUGUGCAAGUCAUGCAACAGCACCAUCGAAGUUUAGCAGCCACCACUGGGAGUACCCAAAUGGUCCAUGGGAGCGCGUUCACAUAGAUUACGCCGGACCCGUCUAUGGUUCAAUGUUGUUAAUUAUCGUCGAUGCCUACAGUAAAUGGUUCGAGGUAAAAGUGACCCACUCGACGACAAUCGCAGCCACCGUGAGAAUUCUCGAUGAAGUAUUCUCUGCUUACGGAGCACCGAUUACUAUAGUGUCCGACAACGGCCCCCAAUUCACGGCUGAAGAAUUCAGAAUUUUUUUGCAAAAAGUGGAGUAA